GUAAAAGACGAUAAUUUAAAAAAUAAAAAUAAAGAAAAACUCAACUGAAAAUAAUAAAAUAAAAUAAUUUGUUUUCAAGUGAUUAUUUAUCUAUGUGAUACAUGAUAAAAACGGACCUGAUUUCAUUUGUGGGGUGUAUAAUAGUGAAAAUAGUUAUUCAUCAAAGAUUUGAAAGAUAAAGCAACAUGUAUUAUAAGUCCCUCUUCCUACUACUAAUAUGCUGCUCGGUCACCUUUCAACAAUCAAUCCUCGAAGGAGUAAUCAAAUUGAUCCAAGAAGGUCAAGAUCAGAUUACCGCCGAACCGCCUGAUCUACGAGCUAACGAAAUGCUGAAAGAAUAUGACUUCAUUAUUGUAGGCGCUGGUACUGCCGGUUGUGCUCUCGCUAACCGUUUGACUGAGAAUCCGGAAUGGAAUGUAUUACUUGUGGAAGCAGGUCGUCCAGAAAACUUCCUAAUGGACUUACCAAUUUUGGCUAAUUACCUGCAAUUCACCGAAAGUAAUUGGCGAUACAAGACAGAACCUGAUGGAAAAGCUUGUUUGGGUAUGGAUGGCACGCAAUGCAACUGGCCCAGAGGAAAAGUUGUAGGUGGUUCCAGUGUCUUAAAUUAUAUGAUCUACACCAGAGGAAAUUGGAGAGACUAUGACAAUUGGGCUGCUAUGGGUAACCAGGGAUGGUCGUUUGAUGAAGUAUUGCCCUAUUUUAAAAAAAUUGAAAACUUCACAGUUCCAGGACCUCACGCUCCCGGAUACCAUGGCCAUGAAGGUUAUUUGGAUGUCAGCUAUGCCCCCUAUAGAACUAGGAUCGCUGACGCAAUUGUCAAUUCCAGCAUACAAAACGGAUUUUCUUAUGUAGAUUAUAAUGGACCUACACAGGUGGGUGUUUCAUAUCUACAGCUUAGUCUCAGAGAAGGGGUAAGGGCAAGUUCCAGCAGAGCUUAUUUGCACCCAAUCAGCAGUAGACCAAAUUUACAUGUGACCAAGUACACGAUGGUCAAGAAAAUUGUAAUAGAUCCUCAAACCAAACAAGUCCAAGGCGUCGAAAUGGUGAAAAACGGCCGUACUUACUUUGUCAAAGCCAAAAAAGAAGUUAUUUCCUCGGCUGGAGCCAUCAACUCCCCACAGCUCCUUAUGUUGAGCGGAGUAGGACCAAAAAAGCACCUUUCAAAUAUUGGAAUUCCCGUCAUAAGCAACCUUCGUGUGGGUUACAAUUUAAUGGAUCAUAUUGCUAUAGGUGGAAUCACCUUUUUAAUCAACGAAACUAUAUCAUUGAAAACUGAAAGACUAAUCAGCAACCAAUACUUGAAGGACUUUUUUAACGAUCACAAAGGACCUUUAACCAUUCCUGGAGGUUGUGAGGUGUUGAUAUUUCACGACUUUGAACAUCCAGGUGAUCCAAAUGGUUAUCCAGAUAUUGAACUACUGUUUCAAGGUGGUUCCAUAGUGUCAGACAUAGUCUUGAGAAAAGAUUUUGGAAUAACUGAUGAAAUUUACAAUGCUGUUUUCAAGCCUAUUGAAGACUUAGAUUCGUUUAUGGUGUUUCCCAUGUUACUCAGGCCAAAAAGCAAAGGUAGAAUUAUGUUGAAGAGUGCCAACUAUAAAAACAAACCAUAUAUUUACUCAAAUUAUUUCGCUGAGCCGGAAGAUAUGGAAACGAUGCUUAAAGGAGUUAGGCUGAUAUUGAAUAUAACCUCCCAACCUGCCCUAAAAGCUUUAGGUGCCAGACUUCAUACUAUCCCCAUACCCCAGUGCUCAAACAUACCAUUUGGUAGAGAUGAGUAUUUCGAAUGCAUGGCCAGAUAUUUCACCUUUACCAUUUACCAUCAAAGUGGUACCUGCAAGAUGGGACCUAGUAGUGAUAAAAAAGCUGUGGUAGAUCCCAGACUUAGGGUGUAUGGAGUGAAAGGAUUGAGGGUUAUUGAUGCAUCAAUAAUGCCAGAAAUUCCAGCAGCACACACCAACUCACCUACAUUUAUGAUAGCUGAAAAAGGGGCAGAUAUGAUCAAAGAAGAUUGGGGCUUUGCAACAAAUUUAAUUAGAUAAACAAUUUAAAGAAAUGUGAUAUUAGGCUAGUUAUAGUUGAUUUUUGUAUAUAUGUAGUUAGGUUGGAACUAGAUAGAAUACAAUAUGCUCAAUAAGAAAAUAAGUGUUAUGAAAAUUUAUAAAUUAUUAUUAGGCAUUGAAGGAUAUUAUAUUCUAAACAUGCAUGUAUGUUUUAGUUUAAGUAUUCAGUGAAUUAGGAACUAAAAUCAAAUUUUGUUGUUUUGUCUGCAAGUGUUUAUCAAAACAAAAAUGGAAAUGAUAUCAUUCAUAAGCAAUACAUUUUAUGUGCCAGUAUUUUUUACAAAAAUUCUUCUUGGUGCUCAACGAGCCUAUCUAACUGGAUGCUGAAUAAAUUUUUGCC